UCGCUCUAUAAAAAUCACUCCAUCCCCAUCGCUAUCCCUGUGUCACCUCACCACCGAAGCUUAAGCGCAGCAGCUCACACACACGAACGCAAGCUCGCCUCUUCGAUCAUGGGCAAGAAGAGUGGCCGCAACGGCGGGGACAAGGACGACGGCGGCAAGCCGGCGGCGACGGCCUUCGUGCUCAGGGUGCCCAUGCACUGCCGCUGCAAAGGCUGCGACGACAAGAUCCGCGCCGGCGUCAAGGACCUCACCCUCCACCACGGCAUCGAGGCGCUGGACCAGUCGGCGCUGUGGACCAAGGGCGAGCUGCGGCUGCUGUCCGCGGCGGACCCCGAGAAGCUCCUCCGCCGCCUGCAAAAGGCCACCGGCAAGAAGGUCGACCUCAUCGCCAUCCCCAAGCAGCAGGCCGCCGCCGACAAGAAGCAGGCCGCUGCAGAGAAGGAGGCGGCCGCCAUGGAGGAGCUGCUCCGCCGCAGCCUCCUGCAGCAGCAGCAGCAGGUGCUGCCCCUGCCCGGCGGCGCCGCCGCCUGGGGCGCGCUCCAGCAGCCAGGGGGCAACGGCUACGGCUACGGUGCCGCGGCGGCGUACCCGUGGGGCAUGCAGGUGCCGCAGCCGGAGGCCUACCCGUCGUCCUACCACUACCCGGCGGCCGGCGCCUGGGGCGCGUACGCGUACCCCUCUGUGGCGGCACAGGGAGCCUACGGCGGCGGCGGAUGGCUCGGCCAUGGCGCCUACUGAUGGAGGCAGAGCAACUGAGCCCGCGUACGCAGAGAGAGUGCUGAUCGAGAUGAACCGGCUAUCGAUCCUGCUAGCUGCAGCAGUACACUAGCUAGUACUUUGUGUGUUUGUAAUGCGGUUUUACUAAUAGCUUAGAUUAGAAGACCUACCAGUUGUCAUGGAGUUUGUCGGCGGUAGUUUGUGCUGGAUCCGUAAGAGCAGUAGAGGUCUGCUACUGCUUGUGCUUGAUGUGGGUGCGUGUUUUUGUUGGGUGAUCAGUAGUGUACGCUGGGGUGUCAUGUCAUGCUGCUCGGUAAUAUUUUGCACUUUGAGUGGUGAAGUUAAAAGUAUUAGGAGUUUGUUUGAGCAUGCAUGUCCACAUUAGUAUAUUAUUGCAGCAAUAUAUGACAAGAAACUGUUCGAUCAAA